AUGGCAUCCAUGCUUGCCAAUGGCAUCCAAGGUGACCAGUCACUGGUCCUGAAAGGUGUGGACCCUGAAACAUGCAUGAUCGUGUUCAAGAACCACUGGGCGCAGGUGGUGAAGAUUCUAGGGAAGCACGACCCCUUACGCAUUAAUGUGGGCGGCCUGGGAGGAAGUCACAAUCUUGGUGGAGGAGGAGUACUGGGAAGCCUCCUUUUCGGCCCAAUCCCUGGUGAUGAGGCCAGCACUGUGCAGAACUACGUAGAGCAAAUGCUCUUCCUCCUGAUGAAAGAGGAGUGUGGUCAAAGUGGAGCCAUGGGGCCCAUACUGGUGUUUGUGGUGAUGGAGAACGUGUUGGAGAGACUGUUUAUCUGGAGCCUGAGGAGACAAUUCACUGACAAUAUGAAAUUAGAGCAGCUGAAGAUGUACGAGAUGUUGAUUGGACAAGCCAGGCAGUCAUUGCUUCACCUUAAACCUGUACUCAGGCCCUUGAUGAUGCUUCUGUCAUCCUGCUCUGGCUCCCUGUCUGGUCCGAGCUCCUCCGCUGUGGAUGCAGAACUUGUGCUGCUCCUGAAUCAACUGUGCUGUGUCCUGGCUAAAGACCCAUCUAUCCUGGAGCUGUUUUUCCAUACAAGCGAGGACCAAGGAGCAGCUAACUUCCUUAUCUUCUCCCUGCUUAUUCCUUUCAUACACCGAGAAGGGUUGGUUGGACAGCAGGCCAGAGACGCACUCCUGCUCAUCAUGGCUCUCUCUGCUGAGAACCAUGUUGUGGCCAAACACAUCGCAGAGAACACCUACUUCUGUCCGGUUUUGGCCACAGGUCUGAGUGGACUCUACUCCUCCUUGCCUACUAAGCUGAAUGUCCCUGCUGAGGACUGGCACUGUCUGCACCGUGAGGACUGGCUGGAGCUGCCCGCUCUUGUGCAGUUUCUGAAUCCCCUGGAGUUCUGCAAUGCAGUCAUACAGGUGGCCAAUACUUCUAUCAGAGAGCAGCUGGUGGGCUACAUCCACAAUGGUUUUCUGGUACCGGUUCUAGCACCAGCAUUACACAAGUUAACACUUGAAGAGGUGAUGACCACAACAGCAUACCUGGACUUGUUCAUUCGAAGUGUGUCUGAACCUGCCCUGCUACACACCUUCCUCAGGUUCAUCCUCCUCCAUCGCCAUGACAACGUACACAUUUUGGACACACUAGUUAGCCGCAUCAAUACUCCCUUUCAGCUUGGAACUGUAUCACUGGCUUUGUUCCGCACUCUCAUUGGCUUUUACUGUGAGGAUGUUAUGCUCCAGUUGAUUUUCAAGUACCUUAUCCCUUGUAACCACAUGAUGUUGAGCCAGCGCAGAGUCCUGAGAGAGAGAGAUUGUUAUUCUCUAUCAGCUGCUAAGUUUCUAGCCCUUACACCCUCCUGCUGUUCUCCUGAGAUCAUCCCUCCUCCACUCAGACAGCUGGACUCCAUCCUGUGGUCAAAAGGCACUGCUGGUGCUCAUACUGGAACUAUGGAAUCAGAGGUUGUCCUCUCAGAGGAGGAUGACUGUGGUCACACCUGUGCCAUUGGCUCCGAGAUCUACCUGGAUGUCAGUUACCUGCACUACCUGUAUGAUGCUCGAAACAGCAUAAAGAACUGCACACGAGCAUGCCGUGUGUGGUCGGCCCCUUACGAUGGCGAGAACCCCCCUUCAGAAGAGUACCAGCCAGAGGAGGCAGGUAGAAUUCGCACAUCAAUUACCAGCAGGAAUACUCCUCACCAAAAUAAGAUGCAUCACUCGGGUCCACCCCACAGAGCUGCUGCUCCUGGAUUGUUGGAGCUGGAGUGGGAUGAUAGUUAUGAUGCUUGUCCAACACAAUACCAAACAGAGGAAAAUCUCGAGGCUAAUCCCAUAGCAGAAGAGCCCCCAAAACACAUCCAAGAACUGCAGAGAUCUGCUGUUAUGCUUGUAAAGGGCUCUUACGUUGAAGAGUCUGAGUUCCAGAAUGAUGUUAUGGUCUAUGACCUGGUUGCUCAGAAGGAUGUCAAUGACUCUGGUAACAGCUGUCAUGUCCCACUCAAACUUUCUGAAGAAUCAAAGCUGGAGGAGAUAGGUGAACCAAUAGCUUAUCAAAAAACUCAUAAUUCAGACUCCUCAAUGAGCAAUGGCUUGAGCACCCCUUUGGACAACACAGAGAGUAAAAAGAGAGGGGGGGUUCCUGCACAAUCAGACCAUAAGUCUGUAGCCCCAGAUGGAGAGGACCUCAUGGCCCAGUAUGAGGAACUGCUAAGGACUCUGGGUACACAGUCCAGUAGUCAAUUAAAAGCAUACCGUGAACCCAGUAGUCCCACUAACCUCAUGGAUGAUGAGGAAGAUGAGGUAGACUUUAACUCUUUCUCACCAGAGACACCAGAGGCAGAAAAUUUGCCGUCUCCUCUUGGGACCAAACCCCACUGUGGGAGUAGGGGUCAUGCUGUGCCCUUUACAGGGCCAUUUGUAAGUGUGUUGCUGUCCCAUCUAGAAAACAUGCUAAAUAACUCUCUCCAAGUGAACCUACUUCUGACUGGAAUCCUGGCCCAGUUAUCUGCUUACCCUCAACCACUGCUGUGCUCCUUCCUCCUAAACUCUAACAUGGUGUUCCAGCCCAGUGUCCAGCCCAGUGUUCUCUAUCAGGUCCUGGCCUCAUUAAAGAACCAGAUUGAGGAGUUGUCAGCAACCCAGAAAGACUUCCCUGACCUACUAACAGCUGCUCAGCACUGCUUGUUGGCCAGAGAGAGUUCAUUGAGAGAUCAAGACUCUGUCGGUCCACAGAUUGGAGAUCACCUCUAUGUUUGUGAAGCAGACAGAACCAAGAAGAAUCCAGCUAUCCAACCCAAAACUGUGGUUUCCACAAACCGAACUGAGGUAUAUGCCACAGUUCUUUUCACAGAGUUUCUUAAAGAACUGGCAGCCAUUGCACAAGAACACUCCGUCCUUUCUCAUCUUUCCAUAGAGGAAUAGCCUUU